CCUCAGUGACACACAGGCUCCCGUCACAAGCUCCAUCAAAUGCUGCUUGCUCAACUCCCCGCUCCUCACACAAACAAUUGAACUCAUUUCCAGUUCGUCUCUAACGCGAUCCUACAGGUGUUUUAAUGUCCCGUCGAGAAAAGCCUUCAGCGCAAUGGAGUUACCCCACAGACAGUAUUUGGGACGAGUCCUGAUUGUGACUGCAGCGCUUCUGUCACCUGCGUUCACGGUAUUGGGCAAUGACAUCCUUGGCCUGAAGGUGGCAGGAGAUCCAGUUCUUACCCCCAACGCAGUGUGUUUACGACUGGCAGGCCUGACCAAAAAACAGAUGCGUUUGUGUGUGCGCAGCCCUGAUGUCACAGCCUCUGCUCUGCAGGGCAUUCAGGUUGCUAUUCACGAAUGCCAACACCAGCUCAGGGACCAGCGCUGGAACUGCUCCUCCCUGGAGAACCAUGGCAAGCUGCCCCAUCAGAGUGCCAUUCUCAACAUGGGUUUCCGAGAGAGUGCCUUCUCGCUGUCCCUGCUGGCUGCAGGUGUCGUGCAUUCAGUGGCUUCGGCCUGCAGCCUCGGUAAAUUGCGCGGCUGUGGAUGUGAGGCUAAACGUCGCCAGGAUGAUGACAAAAUCCGGCUCAAGUUAACCCAGCUCCAGCUUCAGACUUUGCAGAGGAGUGGCGUGUCCAUAGCAGGUGCAGGAGAGAACACACAUGAGUUCGGUUCACUUCACGGCAGCCUGCCGGCCAAUCUGCACUCGUCCCACCCCGUCAGUCUCCUCAAACCCAUGCCGGAUGAGGUCACGACGCUGCAGGACACCUGGGAGUGGGGAGGAUGUAGUCACGAUGUCCGUCUUGGUGUACGGUUCUCUAGGGAUUGGUUGGAUUCUAGAGGAUCCCCCCGUGACAUACACGCUCGUAUGCGGAUUCAUAAUAAUAGAGUGGGCAGACAGGCAGUUACUGACAACAUGAGAAGAAAGUGCAAGUGUCAUGGCACAUCAGGCAGCUGCCAGUUCAAGACCUGCUGGUAUGUUUCUCCUGAAUUCCGGCUUGUUGGUUCACUGCUACGGGAGAAAUUUCUGACUGCCAUCUUCAUAAACUCUCAGAACAAGAACAGCGGAGGAUUCAACUCUCGAACUGGUGCGAGCACCAGCUCAGAUCAGCUCAGAGCCCGGCGGAGGAACAUUUCCCGUGAGUUAGUGUACUUUGAGAAGUCGCCCGACUUUUGUGAUCGGGAGCCAGCGGUGGAUUCGCCGGGGACACAGGGUCGCAUCUGCAACAAGAGCAGCCUCAGCAUGGACGGUUGCGGGUCGCUAUGCUGUGGCCGCGGACACAACAUCCUCAAACAGGCACGGAGCGAACGGUGUCACUGCCGCUUCCACUGGUGCUGCUAUGUGCUCUGUGAGGAGUGCAGGGUUACAGAGUGGGUUAAUGUGUGCAAAUAAACCAACCCACCUUGAUCCAAAUCCUCAUUUCUUUUUUGGACCGAGAGACAACAAGUGUGUUUUGCUCUCACACAGUGUGCCUGUUUAUCCAUUUCUCUCCUUUCUUUAACCUUCAUCAUCUGGGAUCCAUUUGCAUUGUGUUGCUGUUGUUGUCCUCAAAAUGCCAAGUCAGAGAUUGAGGAGGAGGUGACUCAUGUCAUUUGUCUUUUUUUCCUAACUUUGAAUCUUCAGCCUCCAAAACCAAGCAAAUGGUCCCAACCCCAUCUGCACUCCUCCAAAUAACAGCAGGAACAAAUUAUUCCUGUGAAAUAUAGGCACUGCUACAGUCUACCUUUUUUUUACAUUUAAAAUGUGCACUUAAUGUAUAUUCCUUACCUUGGCAAAAUGUUUGAGACAUUAUUCUUGAUGGCGAAAUACCAUCAAGAAUCUGAAACACUGUGUCUUGCAGUAUUACAAUCUUUGCCCACAUGGAUCAUGAAGAAUCAAUGGCUGUGAUGAUUGAAGGGAACAUCUCAGUGCCUUUUAUGAGGUUUCAUAAGAUAGGAAAACUCUCCCAAGUCUGGAGCGAAUCUUGGCCAUCAACUGAGAAUGUGCCUUGCAUAGGGGUCUGAGAUUAUUUGGUUUUUAUGAAAACCAGGACAAUUGUGGAGUUGAUAUGCUGUGUAACCCCAUCCUAACCCAGAGACAGACUAAUCAGAAAACGGAGAUGGAUAGAGUGAAGGAACAACUGGAGAACACUUGUGCCUCCCGUGGAUUUUUUGCAGCUGAUUAAAAACAGUCACAUCUCAUCUAAUACUGCUGAACAAUACUGGAUGCCAGAUGACUUUGAUGCAAGAAUGGAAGACAUUCAUACUCUCAAGUCUUGAGCUCAGCUGUAUUUAAACAAUAUAAUUAUAUGGAUAAAUUAACUUUCAUAUAUUGCUGCAAUUUGCAUUCUUAAAAAGACUUUAGAGAAUUUAUGUUACAAUGUUUAAGAAUGCCUCAAAUUUUGGUUAUGAAACCUUUGUUGGUUUAUCAUGUAUAGGUUUUAGAACCAGGAAGACCCUCUAGAACAGAGGAAGGGUCAUAGAUCAGUGUAUUAGAUAUAUUUCUACUCUUCUGACCUCUCAUAAUGGGCAUCAGGGAUAUGCUUUUAAUAAAGAGUUUUAUAAGCAGAUUGAGGCAUGAACCGGUUUUAUAGGGAUCAGCUGUCCAAAGUUGCACCAUGUGCUGCUGAGUGUUUGUCCUUGUCUGUGAAUCUGCAACUGUCAGAGUUGCAGACCACUGUGUGAUUUCCUAACUAAACACAGGCGUCUUCUGAUGUCUAUGCUAUGUGUGAGUUUUCUGACAGCACAACAAUCACAAAAAUUUUAGGAAUAAAUUAAUUUUUCUGUAUGAUUCCUCACGAGUCUCUGUAAUGAGGAUAUGCUGUGGUGGUUGUGAAUUGAGUAAAGUGCUUCUCAUGGUAUUUCCUUUGGUAAUAAAGAUGGGAGCAAAA